AUGACCAAUCCAGAGCUUCAGUACUGGGCUCCGAGUGGGGCCAUCUUUCCCGGAGGGCCCAGUACAUGGUACAUUCUCAGUGAUGACCAGAGAAGAAUAAUAGCAGUAACCAUGGAUGGGCAGCAAGAAAGCGAGGAUCUAGCCGUGGAAAUCCUCAAGAAAAUUAUCGAUACUCUCCCGGCUCAUGUGUACGCAAUCAAAGUCUCUCCAGAAGGGAGUUUGAUUUCCAUGUCCAACGACCCCGAAGAUGACGAAACCUUUUGCGUAUAUUAUCCGCCUCUAGAGGAGGUCCAGCGGCCUGAGGGCAUCAGGACAAUCAUUCGCUCUGAGCUCAAGGAAAUUGAUCGGCUCGGUCCCGACACUGAUCUUGUGUCGUAUCAGCCACAUCCAAACGACAAUGAACCAAAGAAAGUCAUCUUCAAAUACUACUUUAUUUUCCAGUUCAUUCAAAGGGUUUGGAAUGAAUUGAAUCUAUGGAUGCGUCUCCCUCGGCACCCAAAUAUUGUUCCUUUCGAUCGGCUGGUGGUGGAUGAACUGAAGGGCCGCGUUGUUGGGUUCACAAGUGUAUUUAUUCCUGGCGGAACACUUGAGGAUGACCAAUCCCGCGUGUUCAAACUCAGAUGGUUCGAGCAGUUGACUAAUGUCGUGGACGUUCUCAACCUGAAGCACGGCAUCAUGCAUCAAGAUAUUGCUGCAAGGAAUCUAUUAGUCGAUCCGUCGACAGAUAGCUUGCAGCUGUUUGACUUCAACUUCUCGGGCCGCAUCGGAGGUCCCUGUUAUAUCGAAAAUCGGAACGAUGUCAAUGGUAUUAUCUUCACCCUGUACGAGAUCAUUACUCGCGAUGACCAUUUCAGGCAUGUGCCCCACGAGGAACAGAACCCGGAUGAUGUUCAAGGGCUGUUCACAUGGCCCAAGCAUCCAGAGGUACAGCUCGACCAUCCGGUGUCGGAAUAUCGAUCAUAUCUCAAUCGCUGGGUGAAAAAGAGGCGGGAAGAGAAAGGUAUAUCUGUUUAUACGGAAGCGCCGGAGCCAGUAGACUGGCCUCCGCUCCAAACUCCGAGAAGAGAGUACACCGCCGUUGAUAAGGAAGGAAAUGAAACUGUCCAGCUGAAAACGGAUUGGAGCAGAUUACGCCGCAACGAGAGAAAGGAAGGCAACAUCACGCUGGAAUGGCAACGCCCACCGCGGAACAAAGUUUUGCAAGAUGAUAGGAGUUAA